GCUCCACCCUGUCAGUCCCCAGCGGUGAUGCCUCUUCAGUGUGCGAGGAGGAACUAAAGAUUCGCCCCGUGUUGUACAGGGGAAGACUUUACCAGCAGGACCAAACUGAAAGUUCCCAGGGCGCAGCCAUAUUGGAGGUGUUAAGGAGUGGCUCCUUGUAGGUUGGCUCUGGUUAGGCCUUGAAUACACGUUUGAAAACACCUAUAAGAUCAUGGCUCAGGAGACAAUUAUUACACCAUUAAUCUCUGUGAAGCCAAGUAGCAGUAUCUCAGUAGGCAACAACAUUACAAUCCUGUGUGAUGGAGCAAUGUCCGAAGAGACAGUCAUUCUGUAUAGGAAUGGAAAAGAAUUUUUGCGUCAGCGAUCAAGUGGCUCUAAGACGGAAUUCACAAUAGUAGACGUCUCCUUGAAGCACCAAGGCAAUUAUUUCUGCAUGAUGCAAACAAAUUCCAGGAUCUCCAGCCAUGCAAGAAUUACAGUGAUAGAUCAUGUCAGCAUUUCCUUGUCAAUUACACCAAAAGGGUCAAUUUUCCUUGGCAGCAAUGUAAAACUGCAGUGUAAUGGAACAAAGAGUGGAGAGACUGUCAACUUAUUUAAAAAUGGAGACCUGUAUAAGCAGAAGAUGGCUGGUGGAUCUGUGGUUGAAUUUUCUUUAAAUCAGGUGGACACGAAGCAUGAGGGAAGUUAUUUCUGUAAGAUGUCAUCCAGCUCUAAAAUCAGCAACACAAUCUACAUUUGGAUUGAAGAUGAACAACAUUCAGCCUCAGGAAGUGAGUCUUCAGUGACUAAGAGCCUGGGGAGCAUCAUGUCAGAAGACUCUCAAAGUGUCCUUAGGAGAAUAGAUGUUAUUGAAGAAAAGAAGAGAGACUACACAACAGGAAACAUGAUCCGCAUUUCUGUAGCUGGAGUUCUCCUGGUAUUACUUAUGAUUGUUGUCUCGGAGCAUUUCUACAGCAGGAAGAAGCUGAAAAUACAACACAACAGACAUGCAGCUUCAAACGAAUAUGAACUAGACUAAAAGCAAAUUCAGACUGUUUGCUAUUAAAUUAUUUUUGUAAUUUUGCUGUUAUAUGUUAUUGGAGCUGUAUUAUUGACUCUAUUAAAAAGGGUUGUUCUACAACUCAUUGUUACAUUUUGCUGUUAGGUCAAACACACAACCAAAAUUUUAUUAGAAUUAUUUAACUCUUUUAGGAUUUGGACCAUAAUGUGAUAAUAACUUUGGAAUGCUUUUAAUUAGGCAAGUGAUUCUCAUGUGGUUUAUUCGUAAUAUCUUUACAAAGUUUUAUCUUUAAAAGUAUACUUUUUUAAUGUUAAAUUUUUAUAAGACAACUUGUUUAUUUAAAAAAAGAAUUAAAAAAAUUAAGAAUUACUAUAGAAAAUUUGGAGAAGUUA